AUGCGAGGUUCCCGAAUCGGCAACGGCGCCAAAGCAGCACUGGCGACAAACAUUUCGCGGUUCGCAACCAUCUCCGGUCCCCGAAGCCCCCAUCUUCCCCCCAUCAUGCCGCCACUUACCUCUCCCUCUGGGGGCUUCUGGCUACCAUCCAGCUGCCCUGACCCCUACCCAACCCCACUCCAACCCCAACCACUGCUACCCACGCUGUACAGGUUUGAGGCGACGAAGGGGGGCAAAGUUACUGCCGAGGACCUAGCGAACGAAGACUUGCAUGACGAAGACGUGAAGGCCGUGAGCAGCGAAUCCCAAAGCAGCACCAACGGGGGGGGGAAAGGAACCCCUAAGCGCAAGGGGAAGGGCAAGGUCAAGGCGGCGCGUCUCGAUGCCUGCGAGAAGCUCGUGGGCGCCGGGGUUCGCAAGUAUUUCCCGCGGUACGACGAGGAGUUCGACGGCGAGGUGUCGAGUUACUUGCCGCCGGAGAGUGACGAUGAGCACGGCGACCUUUGGCUCAUCAAGUACGAGGACGGUGACAAUGAACACUUCGAGCCGGAUGAGCUGGCGGAGGCACGGGCCCUGUACAACAAGCGCCACGCCCUUGCGAAGAAGGUCGUUACCUUUCCCACCAAGGCCCUCUUCGGGGGGCAGGCGGUCACGAACCUCUCACUGCGAAAGAUAAACGUUUUUGGUGAAACACCGGUGGGGCCCCGCGGAGUUUUCUGCACCAUCAGGGGGUACAGGCGCUCCAAGAGCAAAGGCAAGUCUUGAUGAGAUGGUAGAUAGCUAUCCUUGGGCCAUGAUUACGAUGGCGAUGUGAGUGGAGACUUGGUCUUGGUCGAGGAGACGGCGGUGCAACUGAGGAUUGGCCGUGUAGUAGUACAUUGUCGGAGCGGUUUAGAGCUUUUGUCAUUGUUGCUAGAGUUGGGUCGGUUUGGAUGGCACAAGAGCAUGGACGUGUUGGUUGAUGUACGUGCGGCGUUUGUACAGCGGCAUGUCGAGAGGGCACGAGCGGUUUGUUCUGACCUGCACCACAAACUAAAGUGAUUUUGCUCAAAGAGGAAAUUAAGUACUAGGUGUCAAACUCUCUUAGAUCGGACGCUAGUCAGGACUUACCGCUAUAUUUUCGGGGGU